CUGUAGAUGGAGCUGUAGAUGUGUGUGUGUGAGAGAGAGAGAGAGUGAGCGUGUCGGUGGACACCUGAACGGGUUGCGAGAAGGCGCAGCGGCGUGAGUCAGCGCAGUACCUGGGCUGCGGGAGGGGAGAGAGAGAUACAAGGGAGAGAGGAGACGACCAAGCGCUUCUCAUCACCAUGGGCUUCAGCGAGGCGCAGUUUGGCCGCUGAAGCGAAGCCCGGAGCCCGGAGCCGGCAGCGAACCCCCACCCACCCACCCAGCGCCCCAUUUUCGCCCACACUGCGGAUGGCCACAUUUGCUUUCUGCUAUGGUCGAUGUGGAUGGAAUGAGGAAAUCCUUCCUCGUCCCGGAGAUCAAACCCUUGGAUCACUACGACUUCCACAGGGCGAAGAUCGCCGGCAGCUUGUCGUGGCUGUUGGGCCGCUCGUAUGGGCCAGAGAAUGUUCCGGAGGAAUUGCGGGAGCCGUUCUACACAGACCAGUACGAGCAGGAGCACAUCAAGCCGCCGGUCAUCGGUCUGCUGCUGUCCUCGGACAUCUACUGCCGAGUGUGUGGCCAGACACUGUCCCGAGGAGAGCAGGCUCCGCCGGCCGACAAUGCCGCUGUCCUGCAGGUCCUGUCUCACCGCGGCAUCCAGGUGAAGGACCAGGACCAGGACAUCCUGGUGACCGAGGCUGACCUGCAGCAGAAGCCCAUCAAAAUGGGUGCCCACCUGUCUGUUAUCGAUGCCCUCAUGACUGCCUACAUGUUGGAAACGCUGAGUGGAACAGCGGUGGCCACAGCCGCGGAGGAGAUCGCAAACCUGAGCCCAUCGAAGCAAGUGGCAGCCGGGGCUGAGUUCAGGCUGCUUCUCUGGGUAGACAAGAUAAACCAGAAGCUAAAGGAGGUUUCCGAGCGCUUGCACCAACUGAGGCAGCCGCCGGGCGCGGACAGUCCAAACAACCAAGGGUGCCCCACCAAGUGGUAUUGGAAGCUAGUUCCUCAUGCCAUCGCUUUUUGUUUGAAGGAGUCUGAGAAAAAGCCUCCUAUGAUUCGUUACAGGAAGGAUAAAGUGCUGAGCAAGCAGACUCCCUGCUUCCCCUCGGUGUCACAGCUGAAGGAUCUGGCCAAUGGUUGUGCUGUGGCAGCCCUGAUCCACCACUACUGCCCAGAGGUGCUACGGCUGCAAGAUAUCUGUCUGAAGGAGACCAUGUCGGUGGCAGACAGCCUCUACAACCUGCAGCUGGUUGUGGACUUCACCCAGGAGUAUCUGGGGAGUUGCUGCCACCUGGGGCUGGAGGACAUGCUCUACACCCCGCCCCUCCUAAAGAUCAACAUCUUGGUGUUUGUGGCUGAGCUCUUCUGGUGGUUUGAGAUAUUGAAGCCCGAGUUUGUACGCCCGAGAGACGGUCCCAAUCUAGAAGAUCUACCGGGAAGUGGACCUAACACACCCACUGGUGCCGAGUGCAGCAGCCAUUUUCCUGCCUUCCUCCUCAAGCAGCCCUUCCUGCCCGUUGUGCAGCAAACCUCCCCAGGACGACCCAGCUCAGGACCAUUGCAUCACUCCACUUCAAUGUCACAAGUCGACUCUUUUGGGAAGGCCUGGACCAUGAAACAGCUUAAGAGCAGACCGCUCUCUCAGGCCAUCUCCUUCAGCAUUCCCUUCGGGCUGGACAGCGAUGUGGACGUUGUCAUGGGUAAUCCCAUUGGAUUAAUGAGGUCCGUCAGCUCCGACAGUCUGACCGCCAAUGUCUACCGAUCGCACGGUGGUCUACCGGGAGCGCCCUACGGCUGCGGCCAGGAGCCGGUCAAGGAUGAUGUCCUGGCCAACGAGAACGGGCUGGUCAUGUCUCCAAUGGUAUCGAGGAAAGGCCCACCAGUGGCCAAGGACCAUCCGGGGAUCCAGAGGCCAGUUGAAAACGGGGUGUCCGAUGACCACAUGGAACUGCCCACCAUUGAAGAGGCGUUGAAGAUCAUUCAUAACGCAGAUAAACUGGAGCCUAGGCUUCGACCCGAGGGGGCACCGGAUGGGUUCUUCCUUCAUGGGCCCAACAUAACUGAAGGAUUUCCCAAACCCAAUGACACCAGGUUUGACCAGGAGGGUUCCUGCAAGUCCUCCAACUCAGGGAAGGAUUCGGGAAUCCCAGCAUCAGGCGGCUGCCAGGCCAACAGUGGGGACCUCCCGUCAGAAGACGGGGUCUGUUCCCGGGACGAUGACUCGGUCCUGAGAGACAAUAGUCUGGACUCUGAUGUGGAGGACUCUUCCAGGCCGGCCCUGGAGAAGGAUGGGACCAGCAAAGACGAGUGUACGUCGUGUCUCAGCUCGCUCAGCUCGCAGGGGGAGAGUGUGGGCUCCUCGGGCUCUGGUGUGAAGAUGACCAGCUUUGCGGAGAGGAAGAUGAGGAAGGUCAGUCCGGCAGAGGGCAGGUCCACUGUCUCGCUGAAGACCACUCCGGACAGCGUGGACCUGAAUGACCAGGCGAUGGCCAGCUGGGUCCAGAAGCCAGACGAGAGUCCGAGCCGGAACCUGGCUCUGGCCACCGAGAUGAACCAGCUGGGCAUCCGUCUGGAGGAGAAACGACGGGCCAUCGAAGCGCAGAAGAAGAGGAUCGAAGCCAUCUUCGCCAAGCACCGGCAGAGGCUGGGGAAGAGUGCCUUCCUGCAGCUGAAGAAGAGAGAGGAGGGCGUCGAGGCUCCGGAGAGCAGCGUCGCGGCUGAGAGUGGAGAGAGGAAGUUGUCGCUGGAGGAGAGGCUGUCGAAGAUCGAGGAUGAGGAGGAAGUGGACAGUCCACCUACUCCGGCCGGCAGAACCUCGGAGAGCCCGAGCAAGAACCCAGAGGCCGAACAGGUGAAGCUGAAGGUCCUGGACCCACCACGGGAGCCCGAGACAGAGUCGGACAUAGGGGAGUACAACAACGCUGUGGCCAAGCUGAACUCAGCCUUGUCCUCUCUUCAGACGGACAUGCAGAGGUUGCAGCAGCAACAGGACACCCUGAUGGACACAAAGAACUCCCAUGCUUGGGUCAUCCCCGCCUCCAAGUCCUCCGGUCAGCGGGCGCCCCGAGACUUCCAGCCCCCCCGCUCUGCCGAUUUCCCCACCCCUUCCACCUCGCCCUCCCGCAAGCCCGCCUCCGCUGCCUCCCGCUCCCCUCAGGCAGCACAGAAGAAGAACCACCCUACCCCUCCAAAGAGUCCACGCCACUCCAGACCCGUGGAGCUGAAGAUCCCGCACUUGACCCGCGUCCUCACCCCACCCCAGAACGUGGACUCGCUGCCCCACCUCCGCAAAUUCUCCCCGAGUCAAGUGACCGUCCAGACCAAGUCUUCCAUCUGCUUCGGAAAUGUCCAGGAGCCUGAUAUUGACGCCAGGUCAAAGGUGAGGCCGGUUGGCCCAGUUGCAAAGGUCAACAGCCGAGCCAACGACAUGGAGAACGUGGGCAACCUCAGGCCGGUCGGGCCAAUUGUACCUCAAACGUCCAGCGAGCAAGUGGACAACCCUUCCUCUGCCAAACGGACUAGUUUAAUCGAGAUACCACUGUCUUCCUUGACGGGGCUGGAAGAUGGUGACGAUGAACUAGAGGGAACUGAAGACUCUACAAGCGACCAAGUGGACUCUGAACACAAGUCCGUGGGCUUCUUCUUCAAGGAUGAGGCCAAGGCUGAAGAGGAGAUGGCUUUGAAGAGAGCCGCUCUGAUGGAGAAGCAGCAGAAACGCACGGAGGAAUUCAGGAAGAGGCGACUUUGGUUGGAUGCGGAGAAAGAGCAGACCAGGCAGCCGGUGGAGGAGGAACGACCAGAGAAAAACUUCAUCAAACAGGAGUACCUGCGGCGGCAGCAGCUGAAGGUGAUGGAUGACCUGGACAAGGUCCUGAGGGCAAAGUCUUCCGCAAACCGAGGGAAAAAGCCCCGUCCCAAAUCCUCUGUCUUUCGGGACGACUCUGUGCUGACCCGCAGUCCGGUCAAGGGGCUUCUAGGCUCCAGACUGAACAAAGUCUACUCGCGCUCCACACUCUCCCUCUCCACCAUGGUCAAUGACUCCAACAGUCUGUCUGUCAAGAAAAGCCCAAGGAAUUCCCCCACAGGGCUCCAGUCUCCGAACCGACUGGGGAACCACAAUGGGGAGAAGGACUGGGAGAAUGCAUCAACAGCCUCCUCACCUGCCUCCAUCCCAGAGUAUACAGGUCCAAAACUCUACAAGGAACCCAGUGCCAAGUCGAAUAAGUACAUAAUACAGAACGCGAUCGCUCGCUGCUGCCUGGCUGGCAAGGUGAACGAGCCACAGAAGAAUAAGAUAUUGGAGGAGAUUGACAAAAGCAAAUCGAAUCACUACCUGAUCCUGUUUCGGGACAACAGUUGUCAGUUCCGUGCUGUGUACACCUUUCCCCCAGAGUCGGAGGAUAUGCAUCGCGUGGCUGGUGUUGGACCCAGGGUCAUCACUAGAAACAUGAUCGAGACCAUCUUCAAGUACAACUCGGACCGGAAGCAAUUCACCCAGAUCCCCAGCAAGACCCUCUCUGCUGGCGUUGAUGCAGUCACCAUCCAAGGCCACUUGUGGCAGACCAAGAGGCCGGUUACACCCAAGAAGCCAUCCAAAUGAUGGACUCUUCUUCCUCCCCAUCCCUCCUCAUCUCUGUACAGACGGACAAGUCAAAUCCUUGCGGUCCCAACUUGCCAUCUCGUUUCUUCUUCCCCUCCCCUCACCCACUUUUCUACUGGUUCUCACGGAUUGUUGAGGUGUUGUCCUCUCACAUUUCUGCAUGCAGUUCCCAUUCACCGCCAACGUUGAAGCAAGCGGGGGCGAUGCCUGUGUCCCGUGGAUUAAGGGGGGGGGCUACAGGCCUGACGUCACACCGGGAGAUAUCAUCCCAAAGGAUUCACACAUGAGUGGAGGUGGGAGCACUGGACAACACUGUCCAAAACUAUAAGCACUAAAGAUUUGGUAACAAGGUCAAAAUGUUUUUUUAAAACAAACUAGAUGUAUAAUUUUGUUUUUGAAGCUUGAUUCCUGAUGAUUACUACUGAUGACCGAAAUAUUGUCUGUAAAUAUAUUAGAGCUAUUUAAAUGAUUUAGCUGUUUGUAUAGAUGAAAUAUUUAAGUUUCUGUUUCUUGGAAAGAAUGGUCGGGUGUUGAAAAUAAGUUUGCAAGUUACUGUACAUAACUUGUUCCAGUAUUUGGUGUAUAAAACAAUGUGCUGUUGAGGUUCUAUAUUCCAAAUGGUCGAUGGAACCUACCUACCUGCCUGCCUGCUUUGUCGGAAGAAUGAAUAAUUAUCUUUACUCGCUAACUUGAUAAGCUGUAUGUUCUCAGACCUAAACUAUCUCAAGAGGCAAUGGUGAAUGUCAGGGUGGCCCCCUGGUUAAAGUUGCAGCUCAGUUGUUCAAUUAAUGGUUGCUCUUCCCCAGCAUUGUCCAGGGCUGGGAUAAAUGUUAAAAUGGCUGGAUUGAGUUUCCAGAAGGCAGACAAGAAUCUUAGAUCCUCAGUGUGCAUUGAGUUAGCAUUAAACAUGCGGUCCUGAGCUGUUGAAACACGUUCAAGUGGAGGCCAUGGCGUUCAAUCCUAGCAAGCUGCCCUUCAGAAGGGUCUUCUUCUGACUCUUUAAUGCCCCUGUCCCACUUAGUAAACCUGAACGGAAACCUCUGGAGACUUUGCGCCCCACCCAAGGUUUCCAUGCAGUUCCCGGAGGUUGCAGGUAGUGGAAG